GUCAAAGUUGAGCAGCAAAAUCAUGGAGGCGACUAGCAAGAGGGUGGGCGAUUCCGUUUCUAACAAAAAAGACAAGAAAUCUGGCGAGAAAUCCGCGGAUACUGUCCCACCCAUGGACGAAGAGGAGUACCAACUACGCAAGAGGCUCCCGCGGAAGCUUCCCAAGCGGAAGAACGACAUCUACGUCAACAUGCAGUCCAACUUCAAAGGCCAGUUGGAGCGGGCUCAGAGGAUUCUGGAUGCGGGUUCGAACGAGGUGUUCAUCCACGGGCUGGGCCAUGCCAUCAACCGGGCCAUCAACAUAGCGCUGCAGCUGAAGGCGAGGGGACUGGGGACUAUCGAAGUGUCCACCAACACGUCCACGGUGGAACUGAUCGACGACUUGUAUCCAGAGAAUGACGACGUGUCCUCAGAGGUCCAGUCAAGAAACAAUUCAGCUGUACACAUCCGGGUUUUCAGACUCAGCUCCUGAUAAAUCCAGCUGUAUGUACAGCACCUGAUAAACUCAGCUGUAUGUACAGCACCUGAUAAACUCAGCUGUAUGUGCAGCACCUGAUAAACUCAGCUGUAUGUGCAGCACCUGAUAAACUCAGAUGUAUGUGCAGCACCUGAUAAACCCAGCUGUAUUAUUUGCAGCACCUGAUCAUAAUAAACCCAGCUGUAUUAUGUGCAGCACCUGAUCAUGAUAAACCCAGCUGUAUUAUGUGCAGCACCUGAUAAACCCGGCUGUAUGUGCAGCACCUGAUAAACCCGGCUGUAUGUGCAGCACCUGAUAAACCCAGCUGUAUGUGCAGCACCUGAUAGACCCUGCUAUAUGUGCAGCACCUGAUAGAUAGCCUGGAAUCCAUCCCUACAACUGUCAAGCUACGGACAGCAGUCAGACUACUAGAACCGGCAACCGCCAACUAGAACCGGAGGGAUGGAUUCCAGGCUACAUGAUAAAUCUAGCUGCAUGUGCAGCACCUGGUAACAUAUGUGCAGCACCUGAUGAAGCCAGACAGCUGUCACCAUGGUAACUGGUGCUGAAACAGACAGUGGAAUUGAAUUACAUUAUGUAGCAAGUUGCAGAACGGGCUGGUCACCCCACAUGUAUAUAUAAGUGCGUUUUUGAGUAAAGAUAAACAGAGCAGUUAUUAGCCUAGACCAAGUAAGGUAAACAUGAUGUAGUGUAUUUGAAAAUUAUGACGAGGAAAACCAGGAUUCAUUCUGACUUCUAGUUCUACCAUAAUAAAUUUUCUCAAGAUUAACAUCCUGUCUUAUGUCUUGUCAUUUCACUGGGAGAUAGGAGUUGAGGAGCAGUAGGUCAAAUGAAGUUCUAAUUUUCUUGAUAGACGUGUACCUGCUGGUACAUGUAUUAGUGUGUUCUUUAUGAAAAAAAUGCAAAAACAUCUAGAAAAUGGGUUCUUGGCUGUCAAAGUUAUAAGAAGUACACAACUGGUUGUAACACAAGUUGCAUGACUACACCAGAAUAAAAAGAAUGUGAAAACCUAGCGAUUGGUUCAGAUACUUCAAUUUGUUCUUUAUUGCAUCUUAGGGAGUAACAAGUGGCAUAACAACAUCAUUGAGCACUGAAUUAAUGUUCCACACUUUCAGUUCACAACACCUGGGUAGAAAAUGCCAUGAAAAGUGCAUUGUAUACUGGGUAUGUUAAUUGCUAGAAUUGAACACAAGUAUUGAUAAAAAAUAUAUUCUAGUAGUAUCUACAGUGGUGCAAAUAUUUCUAGAAAAAAAUUCCUGAGUGGAUUUAUUGUAACCUGGGUGCCAUCCUCCAUAGUUACUGCCAGCUCCAUAUUUAGCUGAGAAUAAUUGGCCAGGGGAGUUUGGACACUAUUUUUGCCGUUCAAAUUCUACUAUCCUAACUCCCUUGCGAAGGCCUGUUGGAGGCUAAUCUGCAACGGUGAUAGCAAAUAGAGCCAGCAGUAAGUACGGAGGAUGGUACCCAGGCUAGCUUCAUUGGGCACAAAUUAUUAGCCUCUACCAUGCUUCAGGAGGCGACUGGAAAGAGUAGAAAUUAGCCAAAUAGAGAGAGAUAACAUGCCAGGGGAGUUGGUCCGCUACAGAGUACAGUUCAGUACUUUUCUUUUUUCAAAUUUCUACUCUUCCCAGACGCCUCCCUUAGCCUGGCAGAGGCUAACAAAUCAUUACAAUUGUUGUGGAAGAACAGAAUGCUACAGAAGUUGAUAUGCUUGUGAAUUCUAUCUCUACCCCACGAAACCUGUUGCAGUGUAUGGCUUUUUUUUUAUUUUUGCCAAAACCAAUUUUUUUCUUUUAAAUACUGGAGCUAAUAGUGGACAGAAAACGUUUGCAUUAAAAAAAAGUGGACGGAUAAUAGUUGAGCUAUGAAUUGUUUUCAAGGGAACAUGGGAAUCCAUCAAUCAUUUGGCACUUUACCAGUGUUUAACUGGAAUAGCGAACACUUACAAGGUAAUUACAAUAUACAUGUACAGCAAUGUGUCUAUAAUGAAGUAUACGUCUUACUUUUUAAGGCACCCAAAGCGAUUUCAGGGCAGCAAAACUGGAUGUUUCAAGUCAAUUUUCUGGCCAUUU